UUGUAGGAAUUGAAGGAAUAGUAGAUGCGUACCGCAAGUGUCUUCCUCAAGUUAAACUGUAUGGCCCCACCAACUUUUCUCCAAUUAUUAACCACGUUGCUGCGUUUGCUGCAGCCGCAACUCAGCAAAAGACCGCUUCUCAAUACUUUGUCCUGCUAAUUAUCACUGAUGGAGUGAUAACGGAUCUGGAUCAGACGCGUCAUUCCAUCGUUAAUGCUACCAAGCUCCCAAUGUCCAUUAUCAUAGUUGGCGUGGGAGGGGCUGACUUCAGUGCCAUGGAGUUUCUGGAUGGUGACAAUGGAGGUCUCCGAUCACCCACCGGGGAGAUGGCGUUAAGAGACAUUGUGCAGUUUGUGCCAUUCAGGAAGUUUGCACAGGCUCCCAAGGAAGCCCUCGCUCAAAGUGUUUUGGCUGAGGUUCCCCAGCAAGUUGUAUCUUACUUCAACAUGUACAAACUAAAGCCACCCAAUGAACCCGCAGCUGAAUAAUAAAAGAAAACUUAGCAGGUUUUUUUAUGCUGCCAACAGCCUUAUUGCAUCUUGUAGCCCAGGACUGGAUGAAUCCCAAAGUGCUAAAGAACUAUAUCAGGCUCCUAAUAUAUGUAACAUAACAGCCAAACUGCAUAGCAGGCACUACAAGGUGUCUUCUCUUACCUCCUACUGCUUUCC